AUGGCAAUGCAGCAGCAUAAUAAGAAACGUGUUUCACUUACUACCCUUAGACGUGACUUGAAUUUACAUCACUUGUUUCGGCACAAUUUGACCGAUUUCAGUUCACCCACAAGAACUGCUACGGCUGCUACAGCCAUGGGUCAUCUGAAACCAGGGUUACUGGGUGGCUUAAAUUGCCAACCAAGACGUGAAUCUUUUCUUUACCGACCUGCUAUUGACGAACGUGAAUCAAACAUUCCUGGCCGUUCAACUUCACGUACGUCGUCAAUUAUCUCCAACGCAGCACAUGAGUAA